AGUUCUAGAACUGCAAUUGAGUGUGUUUAAAGCCAAAUGGCCCACAUGUAUGCAUGUAUAGAAGAGCCCUCCUCUUCCUUCACUUCAGGGGUGUCUUUUUUUUCUUGUUUUUUCUUGCAUAUAAUGAUGACUUUUAAGAGGUAGGUUCAUGAGGAGGAGAAGCGCCACUGGCUCAUCAGCACACUAGUGGAGUACUUGUUUAUCUUUUAGUUUGGUGGGAUUAAGCCAGCCAAAAAGAAAGAAAAACAAAAUUUACUCUAGAGUUAGUUAGCACCAUUAUUUUUAUUUUUUUCAAGACAGCAAAUUGGAAGGGGUUGACCUAAAAUUGUUGUCUGUUUGUUUUCUGAACUAAACUAUCUAAAUCUGUUCAAGGGAAGCUCUGUGGUUUUGGACUGGGAUUUCUCAUUUCAGUUUGUUUCUUCUUCCGUUUUUGAGGUGGGUUUAUGUUAUUGGAGUGGUUCUUGGGUGUUUGUUUGAUGGGCUUAGAGUUUGGGUAACGCGUUCUAUGUGAGUUUGCUGGAUCUUUCUGUAGGUUUGGCAGGCAUUUCAGACAAGGAGCUACAUUUGCGGUCUAGCUGAAGGAAUUUAAGAGGGAUUUUUUAAGGGGGCUUAGAUUUGUGUCUACUGCCUACUGCGUGGGUUUCUGUUACUCCCCUGAAGAAAGGGGUUAUAGGAUUUAAGGAAGUCUGCCUCUGGUCCUGAAUAGCUUGCCUGUCUUGGGAGAUUGUGUCUUGGGAGAUUGUUUUUUUUUUUUUUAAGAUUUGUCUGCUUCCCUUCUGAAGCAAUGGCUUGCAUGAAACUGGGUUCCAAAAAUGAUGCUUUUCAAAAACAAGGGCAGGCCUGGUUCUGCACAACCGGGCUUCCCAGUGAUAUUGUUGUUGAAGUUGAGGAGAUUUCCUUCCAUCUUCACAAGUUUCCUUUGCUUUCUAGAAGUGGGGUUAUGGAAAGGUUGAUUGCAGAAGCAUCGGAAGAAGGAGAUAAAAAAUGUGUCAUAAGUCCCCCUAAGAUUCCUGGUGGGGCCAAAACAUUUGAGCUCGUGGCCAAGUUCUGCUAUGGGGUGAAACUUGAACUUACAGCCUCAAAUGUUGUGUAUCUUCGUUGUGCUGCCGAGCAUCUUGAAAUGACCGAGGAAUACGGGGAGGGAAAUCUAAGUACACAGACUGAGACAUUUUUAAACCAAGUUGUCCUUCGUAAUUGGAAAGACUCUCUAAAAGCACUGCAAACAUGUGAUGAUAUUCUUCCCCAUGCUGAAGAACUACAUGUUACUAGGAGGUGCCUUGAGUCACUAGCCACAAAGGCUUGUACUGACCCAAAUCUCUUUGGUUGGCCGAUGAUGGAACGUGGACCCAUGCAGAGCCCUGGGGGAAGUGUCAUGUGGAAUGGGAUAAGCACAGGAGCUAGACCAAAACAUUCAAAUUCAGAUUGGUGGUACGAGGAUGUAUCCACUUUAAGUUUACCUCUGUAUAAGAGGCUGAUUUCCAUUAUGGAAUCUCAUGGAAACAGACAGGAGCUUCUUGCUGGAUCCCUUGCCUACUAUGCAAAAAAGUACCUCCAUGGGCUAUAUCGGCGUCAAGGUGCCAAUGAAACUACCUCCUGUUUAAUGCCCAUGACUUCGGGGGCUUCACCAUCAGAAAAAGAGCAGAAGGUUUUGCUGGAAGAGAUUGAUCAAUUACUUCCAGUGCAAAAGGGUCUAGUUCCAACCAAGUUUUUGUUUGGUCUUCUCCGGACAGCAUUGAUUCUAAAAUCAAACCCCUCUUGUUUGGCAAACUUGGAAAAGAGAAUCGGGAUGCAGCUUGAGCAAGCAACACUUGAAGAUCUUUUGAUGCCCAGUUUCUCUUAUUCCAUGGAGACACUUUACAAUGUUGAUUCUGUGCAGCGGAUUCUUGAGCACUUCCUUGCCAUGGAUCAAAUUACAGGUGGAUCCUCUCCCUGUUCAAUUGAGGAUGGACAGUUGAUUGGAUCGCCAUCACUGACGCCAAUCACAACGGUAGCCAAGCUGAUUGAUGGCUACCUUGCAGAGGUUGCCCCUGAUGUUAAUUUGAAGCUCCCCAAGUUCCAGGCUCUUGCUGCUGCUGUUCCUGAGUAUGCAAGGCCCUUAGAUGAUGGUCUUUACCGUGCAAUAGACAUUUAUCUGAAGUCGCACCCAUGGUUGGCAGAGUCUGACAGAGAACAGCUCUGCAGGUUGAUUGAUUGCCAGAAGCUCUCCUUGGAAGCUUGUACUCAUGCUGCCCAGAAUGAGAGGCUUCCCCUAAGAAUAAUAGUCCAAGUUCUCUUCUUUGAGCAGCUUCAAUUAAGGACUUCCAUUGCUGGCUGCUUUCUGGUUUCUGACAAUCUUGAUGGAUCAAGACAAUUGAGAAGUGGCUUUGCCGGGUCAACUGAUGGUGGCUGGGCUACAGCUGUUAGAGAGAAUCAAGUUUUGAAGGUGGGAAUGGAUAACAUGAGAACGAGGGUUUUUGAGCUUGAGAAGGAGUGUUCGAGCAUGAGACAUGAGAUUGAGAAAUUGGGUCGCACCAAGGUUUCUAGCACUUGGGGAAAUGUGUCAAAGAAAUUUGGAUUUAAGAUGAAGUCUCAGAUGUGUAGUGCUCAAGAAGGGUCUGUUAGCAAGCAGAAUAAUGGAAGUGCCAAGUUUGAGAAGGCCAAGGAUAGACAUGGAAAGCACAAGAAAAACUCUUCUUAAGAUGGGUAAGAAGAGUAAGAUCCCAUCCUUACAUUUUCUUAACUGCCUUGUUUCUUUUCCCAUUGUAAUCUUAGAUCGUUAUUAAUUGUACUUUGGAUUGUGGAUCAGAAACUAGAAUUGCAUCUCCUUCGUGUAUCUCAUAUGCUUGUGCUUCUGUGUUUUUCACUUUGUCAGAGACUUGACUUGUAAUGGGGAUGGAAGAGAUAGUCGCAAUAUAAUUGGUGGGUUGUUCAUGACUUUGAUAA